AUGUCACCUGAACUCUGCGGAUUGAAUUUGUUUCUAGCACUCCCAGAUGAUGUUUUUGCUAUCAUAUCUCGCUCCCUUUCGCCACGGGACGUCUGUAAUCUCAGCAUCUGCUGCCGUAGCUUAAAAGUUUUUGCAUCCUCGGAGAAAGUUUGGCUAACCCAAUGCGAAAUCUUGGACAUUCUCCCUCAACUGGAGCUUAUCAAUUGGAGAAGAGGUGUGUCAUCAUACAAGGCUCUAUGCCGCUUCCUUGUCAGUGUAAAGCCAUUGAUUGGGAUUUGGGUUCAUCAGAACCCUGAGCUCGGUAAUGUAGUCUAUGUCAUGCCUGGUUUUGUGUCUGUGGUUGGGUGUCGAAUCAUACCACAAGAGCUUGGUCCUUUGGGGAUUGAAGACGGCCCUAUACUUUGGGCACCCGUGUUUGAGAUAAUAAGUGAUGUCGAUGGUUCCACCUCGUUUUUUCUUCAUGGUAGAGAGAAAGGAAAUGAUUUUAUCUAUCCGGGUUCGUUCAAGCCUUCUGAUAGGAAUUGCAAUGUGAUGUUACUCGAGAUCGAGCCUCGAGAGCAGCAGCCGAAGAAGAAUGAUACGGGUAAGAGGCUGUUGCAUAGUCAGAGUUUUGCUUGCAUCCCAGAGAAGGAUCAGUCAAUUAAAGUUGCUAGGUCCAGUAGUAGUUUGUCAAUGUCGCGAAGGGUUGUUCGGCAUACUGAGUCCAAGGCGAGUUUUAGUAAGCUGGCUUUCAGUGAUAGAAGGAAGUUGAUUGAGGUUGUGACUCGAAAUGCUCGCCAAGUGUUGCCUGAUUCAACAAGUGCUCCGCUUUUCCCACUCUAUAGGGGUGAUGAAGCGAGAGAUAUGGGGGUUUUGUGGCGGCGUAGAUCUUUGCUUCUGGAGAUACACAAGCUUGGUGGAGAUGGCAUUGAUUGGAGACGGGUUCCAGAACUACCCUCCAAUCACGUUUCAUCGCAAUCAAAUAGUGUGAAGAAAAGCAUGGAUCAUCACUCAAGUGAGGUUUGCGGCUCAAAUGGAGUUGUGAAGAAAACACUUGGUGGGUAUAUAAGGGCUAGUCUGAAGCAAAUUUUAGGCAAGUCGCCUUCGGGAGGGCAUAGACGUGCCAAGACUUCUACUUCGAGCAGUGACAGUAAGCACAUGAAUCUUCACGAUUUCUUGUCAUCAGGCGACACGAUAGGAUUGGCAUUGCGUCCUGUGACGUUGAGGUUUUCUUCUUACAGAGCCUGGCCAAAUAUGCACGACAGUCGAUUUGCCCUCUACAAGUUGCCCUUGUGGAUUCCCCGAGCUGACCAAGAGUAUGCCGGUUUAUGGGGUGGAACUUUCGGGUGGCCACCUGGGAAGCCUUCUGAGGAUAAGCCUGGGAAAGCACUCUUCUUUUUGUUAAUAUCUUAUGAUGAAUCUGAAGGUCAUCGCAGUCUUAUGGCUACUAAGAUAUUGGAAGGAACUCAUUAUGUACUUCAUCCCAAUGGCUCAGCAAUGUUUAUAGUGAACAUAGAUGAACCUUCUAAUGAUCUGUUUCCUUGGGAUGUUAGUUUUGAUCAUGCAUUUGCUGGGGAAGGUAUUGCCCAUGGAUAUGGGUUCAGAUAUCCAGGGUCUAAACCGGGUUCACUGUUUGUGAUUCGCGAUGGUGUACUGGCGUUCGUUUGGAAGGAGUCGCGAGCUGUGUUGACCAUGCAGCGGGUGAACUUGGAGGAGCUACUGAGGAAAGGUGAACAAGUGCCUGCACUUCCACCCAUUGCAAACUUCGCGUACUUAACUAAAUCCUACUCGAAUGUCUUUGUCGGCUUCUCCAAUGCAGGAACUUGCAUGUCUUCACCAAGGUUUGACUUCCUUUCCCAUAUCCUUAUGCUAAAGUGA